AUGACAUCUGUCUUCUGCGAUUGGGUUGGCCAUGUCGUGGCGAUCGAGGUGAGCAGCAGCUACAUAGUUGGCUCCAUUCCAGCGGCCAUCACCAACCUGGAGAACCUCGAAUGGCUCUCCAUCACCGACAGUGUUCUGAAUGGCUCUCUGCCUGCUGACCUCUUCACCAUGCCCAGUCUAACGGACCUUAUUCUGUCAGGGAACCAACUCACGGGCAGCAUACCGGACAGUGUGGGAAAUGCAGUGGGCCUCGAAACUCUAAACUUGGCAAGGAACAAUCUCUCAGGCUCCAUCCCAGCCUUCCUCCGCAACAACCUCAGACUGAAGGCCCUCGUGCUGGAGUACAACCAGUUCACAGGGUCGAUACCAGACUCCCUCGGGGACCUCACCAACCUCCAAGCGUUGGCCAUGAUAGGGAAUGUGUUUACCGGACAAAUUCCACCAGCGUUGGGAAACUGCACUUCUUUGACUUUCCUUAACUUGGGCCAAAACAAUCUUUCGGGGACCAUACCUAGCAGCCUUGGCAACCUUCAACGCCUGCAGCUCUUGUCCCUGCCAGAGAACAAACUCAGUGGAUCGCUGCCCGAGGAUUUGUCACGGCUGCAGCAGCUGAGCCACUUGGACGUGUUCAAAAAUGCCCUGAAUGGGGAGCUGCCUGCAUGGGUUGACAACAUGAAGAGCCUGACAUUGCUGUCACUGACUUACAACAUGUUCAGCGGCUCCCUUCCAGACACACUAGGCAACCUGAAAAGCCUGUCACACCUGUGGCUUGAUUUCAACAGGUUUUCAGGAACCAUCCCCGAAUCGAUCGGAGACCUGACAGGACUCUCCACAUUGACCCUUGGUUUCAACACUCUGUUGGGCACCAUCCCUGCAUCGCUGGUCAACCUCCAGCAACUCAUUAUCAUGUCGAUGCCGUAUAACCUCCUCGUUGGAACGAUUCCUGCAGCCUUCAGCACUCUCACUCGACUCGAACAGCUCGACCUAGAGUCGAACCAGCUGGUGGGGCAGCUGCCUUCCAUGAAGCUCAUGCCACGGCUGGAGAUCGUGGAUGCCAGCAACAACUUCCUCACAGGCGCAGCAGGCCCUCCCCCACCAUGCCCUCCGUACCAGCUGCUGCUGCAAGCAAACUGCUUUGCCCACAACCUCACCAUCUGUGGGCAGCAGCAAACGCAGGAUCUUAGUGAUUGUUAUUACUUCUGUGAGAACGUUGAUCCUUUAGACCCUCCGUGCAGCGGCCACGGCGUGUGCUACAUACUGCCUUUCAGCACUCCCAAGUGUUCGUGCGACUACGGUUAUACGCGUGGAGCUGCCAAUUACACAUGUGUCCCGGAAGGCCCGUACAUUCCCUCCCUCCUCACUUCCUACAAAAACCCGAUGACUGUCUUCCAGUCAGCCUCCUCUACUCCCAACGGCUCCAUCUUUCUCUCCUCUGCACCAUCCACUGCAUCAUGGGGAGCAGCUUUCACGCAGCAGCCCAUCGCUCUCUUCCUCCCCACCACCCGCGCACUGCCCUGCAACCAGCCCAUUUCUUUCUCUGUCUACUUCGCCUUCCGAAUGACCCCUACUGUGGAGGAUGCUGGUUCAUACAGCAGCAGCAGCAGCACAGGGGGAGAGGGCCUGGCGUUUGUUGUGAGUGCGACGGCACCGCAGGGGGCUGGUGCAGCAGGGGUGGGGCUGGGAGGGGUGGGGAGGCGGAGUGUGGCGGUGGAGUUUGACUCGGUGCUGAGUGUGAAGCACAGCGACCCCAACGACAACCACGUGGGCGUCAAUGUGGGCGGCUCACCUGUGUCCCUCGCCUCUGCCACGGCCCCUCUCAUCCUCAACGACGCCCACACCAAGCACGCCUGGAUCCACUACGACCCCACCAGCGGCGGCACCCUCCGAGUCUUCCUCUCAGCUUCCAGGCAGCAGCCGUCCAAGGCUGUGCUGACGGCCAGAGUGUCUCUCUGCAGCGCGCUCAAGCCCACCGCAGCCAAUGCCUCUUUCCUCUUUGGCUUUGUGGCCGGUGCCUCCGCGAGCAACACUCAGAGGCAUGACAUCCUGUCGUGGAAGAUUGUCACUGGUAUUACGCCAUCUGCGAUCAAACAUCUGCUUGAAUCAACUGAUGCAAAGCCAGCCCUGUUUGUCUCCUCAAUCCACCACUGCGCCCCACCAGGCAGUAAAUUUGGACUUGUGGCAUCGGCAGAGGAGGUGGCAGUUGGCAGUGAGGGCGAGAGUGUGCCCUCCUCCUUCCACUAUGCCAGCCUUGCCUUCCUCCCCGAUGCGGAUGGGCUUCCUUCCUGGAACGUUCCCUUGUUUGUUUCGUGGAUGCGGGACGAGUCCUCAUGGCCUGUUAAGAACCAGCAUGGAUGUGCCGACUCCUCGGCAUACGCAGUGGUGGCGGCGGUGGAGGCAGCCUACAGCAUCGCAGCCAACUGGUCACAGCCCCCCACGCUGUCGGUGGAGCAGCUUCGCCUCGAUCUCUCCUCCAACUGUGCAGACAUGCCCCCUCGGGAUGUGCUGGCCUUCCUGGUGGCUGCCACGCGCAAGGGAGGGGGGCUCGUGGAUGACCAGCGGCAGCAGCAGCAGCAGGAGCAGCAGCGCAAGCGAGUCAACAUAGCAUGGCCCUCCACCUCGCCCUCAUCUGCGUUGCAUGCCUUUCAGAAGCCGAAGCUAUAUGGGAUCCAGGGGUUUGAGGAGAGCUCCUUUGGAGGAUGGCUGGGACUGCUCCUGGCAGUGCAGCGGCAGCCUGUGGUUGUGCGAAUGGAGGCAUCCGCAACAUCGUUCCUUGAAUACGACGGGACAUACAAGUAUGCAGAUAGCGGCUGUUUCCAGGAAGGGGUGAACCACGCAGUGCUGCUGGUGGGAUAUGCUGUGAAGGGCAGUGCGUCGAGCCCUUUCAGCCUGCCUGCGCCUCUCUGGGUGAUCCGCAACUCAUGGGGCAGUGGGUGGGGAGACGCAGGGCACAUGGUCAUGGAUAUGCAGAGCGGUGCAGGCGUCUGUGGGAUCAACACACUGCCAGGCAUCUUCCCCAUUCUCAGAUCUGCUGCUGACCCGUGUGGCAGCAAAUCCGUGCUGUUAGAAGGUUCACUGGGAGUGGCAGGGAGCAACGCGUUCAACCCGUGUGGGCAGUUCAAGUGCUCCAAGGCCGGAGCAUCCAACCGCUGUGCCUGUGCUGCUCCCCACUUCGUCCAGACCUCCCACCCCGACGGCUCCAACACCUGCGCCUAUGUGGACGCCUGUGGGCUGGCAGGCAGCAACCCGUGUGUGGUGGGCACGUGUGUGAACGAUGGCAAGGGCAGCUACUCCUGUGUGUGUCCCCCAGGGUUCGUUCAAGGCACCACCGCCAAGGGAACCCUCUCCUGUGCUCCUGGUGACAGCAAGGGCAGCUACACGGUGCGUGGUAGCAAUGUGUGGUGCUCUGACCUGAUCCCUGCUCUUGGCCUCACACUGGACCAGCUCAAGCAGCAGAACAAGAAACUCUCUUGCUCCAAGCCCAUCCCACUGGGAUCUAAGCUGAGUGCCAAGCUGCCUCAGUCACGUUCCACCUGCUCCCUCUUCUACACCACCCAACCUGGCGAUAGCUGUGCAUCGAUUGCGCUGCUCUUUGGUUUAAGUGAGGGGUGCCUUGUGGAGGGCGAGCCAUGUGGGGAGGCGUUGGUGGGGCUCAACCCGGGGCUGGAUUGUGCAGCACUCAAGGGAAGGCAUGCCGUGUGUGUGGAGCGGGAGGAGAGCAACGCGGGGGUGGUGGCAGUGUGUGAGGAGCAGUAUGAGCUGCAGGGCAGUGGCGGCUGUGAUGCUGCUAUGACGGCCGUGGACCCUUCUUUGAGCCCCUUGGAGUUCUACCGCCUCAACCCAGGCAUCAACUGUGACAACCGCCUGCCGAUCGCUUCAGUAGAGGGCUACUCACAGCGCAAGGUGUGCAUUGGCAGCAGCAUAUGGCACAAGACUGGCAUAUGUCCUGGGGGCACCUACAGUGUUGCAGCUGGAGACAGCUGUGCCAUGAUUGACGUGAAGGGCUUUGCCAGCAUCAAGGGGUGCUACAGGAAGAUCAAUGGAUUCGAGUGCCUGGAGAAGAUGCCUCCUGGGACAAUUGUGUGCACCCCUGAUACUUCCAAUGCCCGGGUGGGGAAUUGCUCGAUGUAG